CGCGCCGCUUCGUCUGACUUUGUUCGUCCACCCGUCUGUCAUGUAAUCGCGGUCGUUUUCUCAUACUAUCAUCCAUCUGAAUACUACUAUCUAAUGUAUACAUAAGCCUUCAAAAGGCCGAACACGACCAUCUGAACCCUGACCAGACGUGCUCCACGGUAAUUAUGGGGCUCGGGAUCCUGGACGACAAACACCUCGAGCAUGUGCCUGGCACGGCCUUUGUGUAUGACAACGACGACGAUCGAAAGCGCAGCAUCGCGCAGGAUGUCGCGCGCCAGACACUAAAGUACGACAAGACGGGCAAGAUCCUGCUUGUCCCGCAGCCGUCGGACGACCCCAAUGAUCCGCUCAACUGGCCGCUCUGGAAGCGCGACGUCAUCAUCGCCAUCCUGAGCCUGCUGAGCGUUAUCGCAGCCACCCUGUCGCCGCUCCUCGCCGCCAACACUGUCUCCCUGGCCAUCCACUUCAAGCGCUCGCUCACCGACAUGGCCCUCGCGACGGGCUACCACCUGCUCGGCGUCGGCAUCGCGGGAUUCCUCUUCGUGCCCAGCGCACGCAUCUGGGGGAAACGCCAUCUGUACAUCCUCGGCACCGUCAUUGUGAUAUUCAGCUGCAUAUGGGGCGGCGCCACGGGGCCGAACUACAAAUCGUUCCUCUGGGCGCGAAUCUUCCAGGGCGUCGGGCUUGCGCCGUUUGAAGCGCUGGUUAAUGCGAGUGUGGGCGAUCUGUACCAUGUGCACGAGAGAGGGCUGCGCAUGGCGCUGAGUAAUCUUGCGCUGUUCGGGGGCGCAUUUCUGACGCCCGUGUUUGUGGGAUUGAUUGCGGAUCGGAUUGGAUACGAGUGGACGUUCUACUUCGUUGCGAUUUUCGCCGCCGCAUUGCUGCCCCUGGUCGUCUUCUUCUGCCCGGAGACGGCGUACAAACGCGAUGCGCGCUUCGACAUCGACACCAUGGGGAACCUGAUCGUGCAGCCGGGCCAGGAGCUCGAGGACUAUGGCAGCAACAGCAAGACCCACGACUCCGGUCUUGGCUGUCCGCCCCCUUACGACCAAGGCGAGCCAUCAGACAACCUCCAGGAGAAACUCGUCCACCCGCGUCCCCCCACGGCAUCCACAUCUGCGACCCCGCCCAAAGCCACAUUCUGGCAGAGCGUCAAACUCUUCAACGGCCGCAAGACAGACGAGGCGUACCUCUCGCUCCUCUUCCGGCCCUUCCCGCUGUUCCUGCACCCAGGCAUCCUCUGGGCGUGUCUGAUCCAAGGCGUGAUGAUCGGCUUCACGGUGCUCAUCGGAGUAACGCUCGCGGCCAUCUUCCUGGGCCCGCCGCUGUGGUUCGGCGAGCUGGAGACCGGGUACCUGUACACGGGGGCCUUCAUCGGGGCGAUUCUGGGCUUCGCACUGACAGGGCUGGUGUCGGAUCCGAGCGCGAAGCUGAUGACGCGGUGGAACAGCGGCGUGUACGAGCCCGAGUUCCGCAUGCUGCUCGUCGUGCCGCAGCUCGUUCUGGGCGGCGCGGGGCUGUACGGGUUUGGGUGGACGACCAGCGAGCCCCGCGUCUAUGGCUGGCUGUGGCCUGAUUUCUUCUUCGCCAUGGUGGUCAUGGGCAUGGUCUGUGGCGCGGUCGCGAGUGCAUUGUAUAUUGUGGAUGCGCAUCGCGACAUGUCGAUCGAAGGCUUCACGUGCCUGCUGGUGUUCAAGAACAUCUUCUCGUUCGGGCUGACGUUCAAGGGCUUCGACUGGCUCGUCGAGUCGGGCGACACGAAGCACAUGUUCGUUGCGCUGGGCAGCGUGCAGGUUGCCAUUUGCGCGCUGACGAUUCCCAUGUAUGUGUUUGGCAAGAGGAGCAGGAGUUUCUUCCACCGCCACAACGUCUUCUUCAAGGCGACGGAUUGGAUCGCAGAUGGCACCAUGGGCUUGUUUGCGCGCGGGAGCCAGGCUCGGGGAUGAUGGGUACGUGUGGGGCAGCUGUGAGCCGUCGGCGGUCCAGCAUUGAUGUAAUCAUUCGAAACAUGUCCAGUCGUUGCUAUGAAUCGAUGUGCUACGAAUCGAUGUGCUAUAUCGAUAUAUGAUGUCGAAUAUGACAUCGAACGUGACAUCGAACAUGAC